AAAACGACAGAGAGAAUGGAGUAGAAAUUGUGAGAGAGAAAGAUAGAGUGGAUGAUUUUUUUGUAUAUCACGAAAAGAUCAGAAAAAGUGAAAUUUUUUUACAUCGUCAAAUAAUUUGAUCGAGUGUCGAAUGUACAUCUGGAAAUCACUAUUGAGCUUCUGGUGAAACACCUGAAUACGUGACAUAAUUUAUUGACACAGAUAGUGUGCUGAGUAAUGACAAUGGAGCUAAACUGUCAGAGCGAGGCGCAAGACUUACUAGGAGGUGGUCAACGUAGUGUCGACCGUUGUAAAACCUAAUAGAUUGUCUAAUGACCAGUUCGGUUGACGUGGUUAGUAAUGAAGCAGGCGGCGAAUUCGCCUACAGCUGCCCAAGUGCAGUCAAUAAUAUUCACCAGCACCGGGAGGAUACGCCAAGAAUAUCGGCGUCCACCUGAGUCGGAUACACUUGAUGAAGAUAACAAAGACAGCAGCACCAGGUCAAUAAUAUCGGAGUUUAAAGACCAACACAAUAAUUCACCUAAAAAAGAAGAGCAUGAAUCUAAGACAAAAUCAUCACCGGCUAUGUCAAGGAUGUUAGCAGUAGAUGCGGAUAAUUAUAUGCUUCGAAAAGGAUCCAACAAUUCCAAUAACGGUGUCACGUCAGCGACCACGAACACUGGGCCGAUGUCCUCGGCACCAACGCUCGUGACAACUACCACGACUUCAUCGAAUAAUGUAGUAACCGGUGUGGUUCUUGGACUACCCGAUCACAACCAGUCACGGAGCUUUGGCUUCAAUAAUAAUCCCAGUUGGCAACACACGAAUAACUCCAACAACGUUACAUACUGCUCCUCAUCCGAUAUAGUGACAUCGGAUCUUUCAGCAAAUUUAUCGAGCACGUGCGAAAACUUGCCAUGCGCUUCAUCACCCGGCAACGAGACCGGCCAAUCGUCCCUGUCCUCCAACGCGCAACACCCGGACCCGUCGCCGCAUGGAAACGACAUCGAGCGUCCGUUGAGGUCGCGAGGCGGCGCCACAAGCAUUCAUCGUUGUUUGACAAUUCAAAAUCAAAUGAGUGACUCGUCAACUGGUUGCAUGUCACCCGUUCUAUCAUCCAACAAUUCACCACCCACUUCCUCGUUCAACCAAACCAACGGCAAGCAACAACAGCAACGUUUUUUUAAUGACAAACUUCUUGAUACUGUUCUUUUAAAUGCUCUGGCUAAUCAGAAUUUACUACAACCAAAGUCACAACUGGCUGAUCUCCAGUUGCGGCUCAAUUCAUCAGAGUGUACCUCAUCUAAUUCCUCCUCCGAUAGUGACAGCAAUGUUGAUUGUAAUGGAGACAAUAGCCAACGUGUAUUAUGUGCACGACCGCUUUCUUUUCACCAGCAUAUGUGUUGGUGUACCACAGCGCGGCGCGUUAGCAACAAUGAGCCAGCGAACGUCGACAAGGUCGACAGGCUCAUCGAGGUCCCCGUUGAUUCUGGUCAGGUUCUCAAGGUCAAAGGGAGUAACGCUCCCCGAGAUGAGCUAUCCCGGGCCAUCAAUUGCAAGAGUCAAAACGGUAUCGCUACGAGAAACGGCCUCGAUAAUGCCGCUAAACUUCAAAUCCCUUAUCACCAACGUAUAAACUCAUAUUCAAGUCUUUGUUGUUGUAUGUGUGGAUCUGUGUGUCCUGUAGAGUGUCACGCCUGUUUCCACAUCGUGUGUAAAGAGUUUAGCAGCCAACACUUGUGUCAGUGGGGAGCCAAGGGUCAUGCACUGCCUGGACAAGUCUUUGACAAGGAUAAGCCCGUCAGUGAAUGGACAUCCUUGAAUGUCGUCGAGUGGAUGUCGGCACUGAAUCUUUACCGCUAUGCAGACGUCUUCAAGUCUAAGGACAUCAAAGGCGCCGAUCUAGUUCACUUAGAUCGAGAAAAGUUGAUGAAUAUGGGAAUAAAAGAUGAGUUCCAUCAGAAGAAUAUACUGGUAUGCAUCGAGGAACUCUGUCGAUCGUCCUCAUUGCCAGCAUUAUCUGCCACAGAAAAUACUAUUAAAUCCCAGCUGACCAGCAGCAAUGAAGCACCAGGUAAUGGUGGUGAUUCUGCGGUUGUUCUUGCUACCAACAAUGCAGCUAACCAGCACAAUCUCGUGCCACACAGCUUUAGUGUAUUAGAAAAAUGUGACAAGUGCCACAAAUAUCUCAGGGGUCUUUUGCAUCAAGGAUUUCUUUGCCAAGAUUGUGGUUUGGUCGCCCACAGAACGUGCUCAGCAACGGGUUUGCCCACGGCUUGCAUACCAUCUGACCAAGAGAGCCGUGCUAACCGAUUGGCUUCAGUUUUUGGCCUUGUCUUGUGUUCGCAAUUUGACAUAUCAACUCGAAAAGCACCAGUUCUAGUUGAGAGAUGUACGAGAGCGUUAGAAGAAAGGGCUUAUCUUGAUUCUUCAAUAGAUCUUUAUAAAGUAUAUCACAAUAGUCCACCUAAUGAACAAACUUUGGAGUUGCGUCAGAAACUCAAUCAAGACGUCUAUAAUACAGACUUAAGUCCGUACAGUCUUCAUUGCAUCGCAAGUGUUUUAAAGAAGUUUUUGCGUGAAUUGCCAGACCCUGUUAUUCCAGUGCAAUGGUACGAUAGAUUUUUAGAGGCUUCAGAAAUAAGAAAUGAUGAGCAAUGCGCUUCAAGACUCAAUCAAUUGGCUUCAGAAUUACCAGAACACCACAGGAGUACGUUGCAUUUUUUGAUGGCUCACUUUUGUAGAAUCUGUCAAUUACAACAUGCUCGUGGCUAUACAGAACCACCAACAAUUCUUGUGCAAGUAGUGUGUCACAUAUUUCUCAGGCCUCCUUGGGAACGCAUUAUUCAAGUGGUACACAAUACAGAGGCUCAUAUUCGAAUAAUGGAGCUGUUAUUACUUCAUGGUAAUUGGGGUGAAAGACUACCAGAAUUUGCAAGUGCUCCGCAAUUACCACCACGUAAAGUUUCAAGGCCGCAGUUUCCAGUCCUUGAAUUUUCGGCUGUGGAAGAUGAUUCGAUUUCAAACGAUCAUCAAAUUAGUACUGAUAAUAAAGAUCACCAGUCUCACAGGCCUCGAAAUCUUCAAGAAGCUGAGUGGUAUUGGGGUGAUAUUACGCGUGAUGAGGUUAAUGAAAAGAUGGUUGAUACUCCUGAUGGUACUUUUCUUGUCAGAAAUGCCUCUUCGAAAGGCGGUGAAUAUACAUUAACGUUACGCAAAGGUGGUACGAAUAAACUCAUCAAGAUUUGUCAUCGGAAUGGAAAAUAUGGUUUCUCGGAGCCAUACAACUUCCAUUCUGUCAUCGAUUUGGUCGAUUAUUAUCGAACUUGUUCGUUGGCUCAAUACAAUUCAACACUAGAUAUCAAAUUGUUAUAUCCUGUUUCAAAAUUUCAACAGGAUGAUGAAAUCGCCAGUACCACAAAAGACAUGCCAGACGUCGUGAAAAAGUUCCUUGAACUCAAUAAGGAUAUGCAGAAUCAAAUAAAGCAAUUUCAAGAAUGUUCAGAUUUAUAUCAAAAAACGGCCUAUGAAGUGCAAUUAAAACGUCAAGCAUUAGAAGCUUUUUGUGAAGCUAUCAAAAUGUUCGAAGAUCAAAUUAAACUUCAAGAAAAGUUCCACGAAGAAGCGCAGCCACAUGAAAUAUCUACAUUGACUGAUAAUGCUGAAGUACUCCGAAACCGAUUGCAAUCUUUAGAAGAUAGUAGAGAGCAACUUGACGAUAGCUUACGGCAGCAAGUAGCAUACAACCGCACUCUCGAGCGUGAAAUGCACAAGUUGAAGCCAGAAGUAAUGCAUAUAAUGCGCCAGAGGGAAAGACAUGUUAUGUGGCUGAAGAAUCAUGGUAUGAAGCAGUCGAAGAUAAAUCAAUUAAUAACAAAUCAUGGUUAUGUAAAUCCCGUCAGUGGGAGUUUGUUGUUGGGUGACUUGCAAGAGUUUGAUUUGGAAGUUCAUUCUGAUGAAAAGACAUGGCUUUACCUUGAAGGAUCGCGGUCGGAUGCUGAUCGGCUUCUUUUUGGAAGACCUGAUGGUACUUUUCUUGUGAGAAGGUCAAGGACAGGCCAAUAUGCUUUGUCAAUAAUGUGUAACGGUACAGUAAAUCAUUGUAUUAUUUAUGCUACUGAGCGAGGUUUCGGAUUUGCUGAGCCAUACAAUAUUCAUGAGUCGUUGAAGCAUUUGGUCUUACAUUACGCGCAGAAUUCUCUUGAAGAGCACAACGAAAGUUUAAAUACAACUUUAACGUACCCAGCCUUCGCGUCGCCAUCGGCACUUGCUCAGUUACAAACGCAACAAAUGCAAAUACUUGCGCAAAAUCAAAAUCAGCUGGUUGGCAGUAAUCUUCGUAUGGGUGGUUGAUUGCGAUAUUUUUAAGAUUAAUCUUACGAAUUAACUUUUUUUACAAAUGAAAAGCCUUAUUGAGGCUUGGCUAAGUCUUUCUGAGUGAUAAUUUGCAAGAUUUGCAAUUCAUUACUAUGUUAUGAAUUUAAGAAAGCAAUGUGAAGUGAUGGUUGAACAAAUAAUAUUAUGAUGGAAGAAGAAAUCUACCGAUCGACAUGGUAGUGAAAUAUCGUAUAUAUAUAUUAUAUAAAUAUAUAUUAAUAUAGCGAUAAACUGAAAUAUUUGAAACAUAACUAACUUCAAGAAGAUUAAUUAAUCUUGCUGUUGUAGGCCGCUGAUGCAGUCUUUCCGAUGAAAUUCCCAUUAGUUAUAAAGCAUCUUUAUGCUACUCCAAAUGGAGUAAAGCAAAAAAAGAAAGAAAAUGAAAAUAAAUUAAAAUAACUUCAGACAUUUUUAUCAAUUACUUUAUAAAUAUGAUAAAAGAUUAAUGAACUGUUUUAAUCGUCAUCCUUUCGAUUUUUCUCCAUCGUUACAACGAAUUUUGUCGAUUACGGGAGAAAAAUUUAAUUGAUACGUAAUAUAAA